AUGAGCUUUCAUGAAGCGAAAGCCAAUGAUGACGAAAGUAAAAUCAAGCUCAACCAGCAGAAAAUAGAUUUUGAGAAAUAUAUUAUUGAAAAAUAUAAUAGUUUGAAGAAUAGAAACGAAUCAAAUUUGUAAAUAAAUUCGAAUGCUUCUUCUCCAAAGUAGACUUAUUCUUAACCAGGUACUUUUUCAAGAAUAAGUAGUAAUAAUCUUAAAAUCACCAAAUUAAGUUCAUUAAUAAAUGAACAGGUUGCUAAUUAAAGUUAGUUGAAAAAUAACAAGCAAACAUCAAAUAAAGUUAAUUUUUCUCUCUAUUAUAAUGAUUUAUAAGAGUAACUGAGCAAAUAUGGUAUCAAAGUUUCAAGGUAUUGUGAUAAACUGAAUAAUAUAUUGGAGGAUCCUAAUAAAAUAAAUGAAAAUGAAUAUUUUAUGUUUGACAAAUCUUAAUAACAAUCAUCUUUACUUUCAAGUAAAGCUUCUUUAAACUAUUUGAAUUAUCUUCAAUCACCUAAAACCAGUAAAUAAAACAGUGAAUUAUCAGCCGAAUACAAAGAGUUAGAAAAAAAAACUGACAAAAAACAAGAAAAUUUAGCAGAAAGCCAUUUAAGAAAUCAUUUAUUUAAGAAAAAACUUAAAGAAAUGUAAGCUAAAUGCCUAUAAAAUGAAAAUUUUUAUGAUAGAAUUAAAGAUUUUCCUACAAAUGAAGAAGAUUAUAUAAAAUUAAAAAAUUAUGGUAAAUUAAUAAUUUCAUAAGAUAAUAAUAAUAAUUAUAAUAAUAUGCAAAAUGAAACAUCAAACAUGCAAGCUCAAAACCAAAGGUCUAAUUCUCUUGAUUAUGUAAUUAACAACAUGAAUUCUUCUUAAUAAUUUCUAUCAAAUAGUUAAAUUAAAUUUACAAGACUAAGUUUUCAAAAAUAGCAAAGCUAGGAAAGUGAUAGAUAUAGCAGCUUCAGUCCUUUAAUCUCUGAAGAGACAAAUAAAUUUUUUAGCAACUUUGACCAAAUCAAAUAGAACUAUCCUAGUUGCAGUUAAAAUUAAACUCAAAAAUAUUCUGAUAUAUUUUGUAACUCAGAUCUAAAGCAAUUAUAGUAAACAUUAGAUGCAGAAAGCUAUUAAACUUACCUACAGUAAAGUCCUUCUUAAUAAAUACCUUUCUAGAGAUAAUGGGCAAUUUCUUCUCCUCUAACUAGAUAAUCUCCUUUUAAACCUAAACGUAUACCAGAUAUUUUAUAUAGAUAAGCAAAUGCUUUUGAUAAUCCUAAAUAUAAUGCAAAUGAUCAAAAUUAAAGAUAAAGCUUUUUGAGAAAUAGAUUCUUUGAUAUUCACUUUGAUUCAUUUGAUCAUAAGCUCCUUAAACUAAAAGAAGGCAAUAAAAAAGAAAAAACAGAUUUUUUAAACUUAAAUUAGCAAGAAGAUUAAAACGAAUCGGCUAAAAAUGAAGAAAGUUAGGAUUAGUCUCAUUUUAGAAUUAAAAGAAAACCAAGUAUUUAUCAUUAAAAGAGUGUUUCAGUUUACAAUUAAAGUAGCGCUAUUAGUCAAAGAGAAGGUGUAGAAAAAAAACCAAUUACUCCAUUAAAUCAAAGGGUUAAAACUUCUAAGAAUAAUUCAGAAGCUCCAAAACAAAGAUUUGUAAAACCAUAUCCUGCAUUUGUAAGAAAAGAAAUAAAUGAAAGCAUUAAAACUUCAUCUUAAAUAAGUAAUUUGUAAACUAAUGGCGAUUAGGAAUAACACGAUGAAAAUAUUUAUCAAUUAAAUGAAAAGUUGAUUGAAGGACUAGAGUAUAAUAUAGAUAGAUUUAUUGAAAAAUUGAAAUAAAAAAUUUUAAGUAACUCAAAAUUAUUCGAUGAAAUAAAGCAAGACUGUUACAUAUUUGACUUUGAAUAAUUUCUCAUUAAUUUAAAAAAUUUUAUAUUUUCUUCUAUAUCAAAAACAUCUUAUGACAAUAAUUAAUAGGUAAAUUCUAUAAGAAGAACUUCGAUGUUAUUUGAUGGGGUUGGAAAGUCUAUAAAAUUUAACUUGUUUAAAUAAAAAUGCAAUGUACAAGAAAUAAUAAAUAUUAUCUUGUCUAGCUUAUUGACUUUAAACCACUUGAAAUAGGAAAGACCAGUUUAAAAUAAUAGAAUUAAUUUCCAAAGAAAUAAACUCAAAUUGCAAGAUUCUAAUGAAAACUAAUCUGUUUAAAGUUCUGAAAAAAAUAUCGAAGAAAUAGAUAAAAAAGAUAAAUAGGAUCAAGACGUUUUAUCCAGAUAGAAUUCAGUAAGCUCUUUUUAAUGCACUUCUCCAAAAGGAUUAAGUUAGAAAAGGUUUUAAAUGAAUUCUUAGCUUUAUAUGCAAAAAUAAGAUUUUUCACCAAAGUCACCAUAAUUAUCUAGACAAAAUACAUUAAACAUUUAAAGUGAAAGAAAUAUAAAAAUUCCAGAAAAGAGUUAAUACAAUUCAGAUAGUCCUAGGUCUAUUCAAUCAUAAAUUAAUAAUUUAUAAUCUUUUCAAAAUUAUUAAAAUUAAUAUGAAGAAUAAAGUAUUUUUAAAUAGCAAACUUAAAAUAAAAGAUUGCUAGAACAGAGGAAGAAGGAGGAAGAUAUUUUGUAUAAUUAUAUGCAAAUUGGGUAUAACGAUAUCCAAAAUUAUUCAAGGACCAAUUUGAAACUAACAUAAAAUGUAUUUGACCAGCUUAUUGAAAUAAUUAUGGAGAUUUUAAUUGAAUUUUAAUAUAGUAAUUUAUCAAUAAAUUAAUAUAUCGGAUCUUUAUAUAAUAAGGCAACAAGUAUACUUGGGGUCAGCGUUAAAUAAGAAAUACCACCAAAUCUUUAUGAAAAAGUCAUAUAAACUACUAUUUCUAAAAUGGAAUUGUAACAGAAAUAGAGUGCUAGCUUAACAAAAUUUUUACAUGCUGUUUUUGAAGUUGAAGAAGAUAUUAUUUAUAAAAGAAACGUGCUUGAUAAUUAAGGAAAUGAUAAACGUUCAUAGCAACUUCUAACAGCAAUUAAAGAAAUUGCCUUACAAUGUUAAAUAAACUAUCUUUAAUUUUAUUCCUUGAAGCUAUUUCUUUAUGAAACGAUGAAAGAUAUACAAGCAAAUUUUAAGACAAUCGAAAAGGCUAUUUUUUAUAUCGAAGCUUUUAGGAAUACCCUUUGCAAUAUCUAGCAUAGUUUUUUAGUAUAAAAAUAAUAAUAAUAAUAAUAAAAGUAGAGUGAUGAAUCAUAAGAGUAAAAAGAUGAAACAGGCUAUGAAAAAAAAGAAUAAAAAAAGCAUGAAGAAUAUAUUAUUGAUUUCUCAUCUAAAUCAAGCAUGAGAAAAUUAAUUGAAGAAUUCUUAUGGCAAGUACAACACGAGAUGAUUGAAUUUAUGCAAAGCGAUACUAAAUUACACAACGAAAUGGAGUUAUUUAUAGGGGAUUUAAUAUUUUCUUUAGCAGGAAUAUACCCUUAAAAGCAGAUACUGAUGCACAAAAAUCUAAGAGUGCUUCAAAAGAGUUUCUAUGACUAAGUAAUUUAUAAUUUAUGCAAGCUGCUUUUUAAAAAGAAAAUACCAAUUGAAGAAAUUAGAAAUAUUUUUAUAUCUUCAUAAUAAAUAUCAGCCCUACUAAACUUUGAGCCAAAGUUAAUAUUAAAACUGGGUGGUUUUAUAUAAAUUUUGUAGCUCUCUUUUAUUUUUUCUUCUGUUUACUUUAUGGAUAACUAUAAAGCAAAAUGCAGUGUAUCUGAUAAUGUUUCACUAAUACAGCAGAAAACUAAUGCAAGUUAAUCUCAAUAAAAUUAAGAAGAAGAUAAUACUUAAAUAAUAAUUGCUAUAAUCAAAGAUUAUUAACUCAUAUGGUUUGAAUUUUUAAUAGCGAGUUAUUUUUCUUCAUAUCCUACAUUCAACAGCUAUGAUGUGAAGGCAGCUUUCACAAUUAACAAAAUUGACCACUAAAUCAUUAAAAGAUGGAUUUAUUAUUUGAGCAAACUUGGUGCUUAUUUUGACCAGUACUCAAUAGAUAAAUUCAUUUAAGAGCUUUCUAUAUCAAUAAGUUAUAUUAAAUGA